UGUCAGCUCCAGUUCCAGGUUUCAAAGCAAAUAAGCGGAUGAAUUUGCGGCUGAUAUUUCAAAUUCGAAGAAGGAGAUAUAUAUUAUUAUUAUUAUUGUUAUUGUUAUUAUUGAUAUUAUACCUAUGGAUAUUCGACUUCGAAUAAUCGGAAGGCUUUAUACUCCUCGUACUUUAUGGACUACGGUAAAUCCGAAAUUUCUGAAUCCGUGCUGUGCCAAAAGGCCGCCGCCCAACCAGAAUGGCACUGAAAGCAGUAAUAACAGUGAAGACGAAAAAUCCUCGACAGAUUGGGAUAAGGCUUGGUCCCGGUUCAAGAAGGAAGGGAAGAAGGGUUUGUUUUCAGAUUUCUCACCAAAUAAGUAUGUUAGCUGGAAUCCGAGGCGUUCGGAAUUCCCAUUGUCAGAGGAAGUUGAUCCCAUCAAAAGAACAGAGAGGUCUAAUCUCAUGUUGUGGACCAGCCCUAAGUUCACUCUCUUUGGUGCAAUUAUUAUAGUUGUCUUUCUUUUAGUAUAUGUGUUAUCAGUACCCAACAAAUGACCCCUAACUCCCCAAGAAUUGAUAUGUGAUCACACUUGAAAACAUAUUAUUGUUGCAUUGAAUAGAUUCAAUAUAAUAUUUCAUGUUAAAUAAGCAUAUCUUCUAAGCCUCAAUAUGUAAUACAAUCUAAGCCUCGAAUUCUUUGAAGUAAAUAUACCAUGUCUUUAUCA